AUCCUCAGCCGUACAGCAUCAUUAACUCUCCUCCAGUCUAACAUCAACAAGAAUUUUCAAUGCCUGUGAUUGCCAGACGAAGUAAGCACAAAAUGAUGAAAAGUAAGCGAACGAGAACAGAAAAAGAUGUCACACAUGAUGAGAUACAGGCGCUUUUAGCAAAGCUGAAGGAAAUAGUUCCAAAUAUGCCAAGAAAUAGAAAAUUGUCUAAACUCGAAAUAAUCCAAUACGUGAUUGAUUAUAUUGUUGACUUGCAAAUCACUUUGGAAUCGCAUCCUGUGUCUCAUCCCCUGAUGAAACCUCGCAUAACCAGCCCUGCUCCACGUCAACCAUUGGGGGUUAUUGCCUCUCCAUCUAAUUCGGUUGCUAACACAUGCACAGGGCAAGAGGUCAGUCACAUCGAAAAAGUGCUUGGCCAACGGGCAGAUCCUUCGCUAAGCCCUUCUAGACCGGUGUCUUGUUAAAGUGUUCAAAACCAGCUAAAAUGGGAACCAUUGCCCCGUUCAACCAUUAAUCAAGGAUGGAGCAACAUCUCUGGACCCCUGCUUCAAGACUAAAAAGUCUGCAACUGGAGCAUUUUAUUAUACUGUGCAAUUCCUAGUUUUCCUGAACCUUUAUUGCUUCACCUAUCUAAGUACAGGUGAGUCUAACGAGGAGAUUGCUACCUUGCUAUAGCAAUGACAAACAUGCAAUGACUUUCCUUAAGGAUAUGUGCACUGAAAAUCGAUUAAGAAGAUUUCUUCUCUUAAACUUUUAAUAUUGUUUGUUCUGCGUACGGUAAGGGACAUGUUAUGUGAACAUUACAAUACUAUUUAGCUAUCACGAAAGCAUCAUGAAAUUGGUUUGCUUUUUGAGUCAUAGCAUUUGUUUGGUACAGUGAAAAAAACUAGGCUGUGAUUGUAAUUCCUUAUUUGUAUAGAAAUUUAUGUAAAUUUAUUCCAUAAUUUGUAAAUCUUGUACUUAAAAAUAUUAAUCUAACAAUUGGUCAAAUUUUUCAUGAUUGCUGCUGAAGUGCAACUGUUUACAGUUGAUGUACAAAAUAUUUUGUGAUAGUAUUCUAAGAAAACAUGGGUGUAUUGUAUAAAAUGCAGGAAAUUUAUUGAAUAAAUAUAAAAAUUAUAAACUGAA